CUCUCUCUCUAAAAAACAACAUUUCCUCUGUCUCUCUUGCUCUUGCUCUCGCUCUCGCUCUUUGUGUUUGUGUUUUGUUCUUCGUUCACACACCAAAAAAAGAAACAUUACUAAUUAUAUAACCUGGGUUGUUUAUCGAAAUGGGUGCUUGCUUCUCUUCAGUGAAGUCUCAGCCAUCUCAGCCAUCUGCUAAGGUGAUCUCCACCAACGGUAUUCUUCGCGAGUAUCCUGUCCCUAUAAACGUCUCUCAACUUCUUGAAUCCGAGGAUUGCUUGUGUUCCUCGUACUUCGUUUGCAAUUCCGACCGUUUGUAUUACGAAGAUUACAUUCCUGUCUUGGAUUUGAAUGUCGAACUUGAGGCCAACCAGAUCUACUUUGUUCUUCCUGUGUCUAAGCUUCAACAACGUUUGACUGCAUCUGAUAUGGCCGCUUUGGCUGUUAAAGCCAGCGUGGCUAUACAAAACGCGUCGACCAAGGACGGUUUUCGCCGCAAAAAGGCUCGCAUAUCUCCGGUCCUUUUGGUUAAUCGAUCGGCUUCUUCUGAAAAUUAUAGCAAGAUUAAUGAUGGAUUUGAGUAUAAUAGUAACAUGAAUAAGCCCUUUGUUGUUGAUGCUAAGACUGUGGGUGUAGCUGGUGCUGGUAAAUUAUCUCGAGCUGGGUCAGUCAGAAAGUUGCAGAGAUUUACUUCUAAAAGGGCUAAGUUGGCUGUUCGAUCGUUUAGACUCAGAUUGAGCACAAUUCAUGAAGGCACAGAUGUCUAGAAUUUUUUUUUUUUUUAGACUGUCCUGUAUGUAACAUACUCUCCCUGAAAACAGAACCAGAGGUCGGAUUGAGAGUGUGAUUUUUGUAAUUGUGUUUUUUUUUUUUGGAGAAGUUGUAAUUGUGUUUAAGGUUUGAUUAUUCAUCUCGGAGAUAUUUAGAGUUUAAAUAUGUCUCCUCAAUGUAAUUAUUGAAUUAUUCAAAUCUGGGUUUUCCUUUUGCAAA